AUGAAGUGCCCUCUGUUUCCCGACCUGUUGGUCUUCUCUCUGUGUCUCCUUGCCACUGCCAGUGGUCAAGAGCAAGGAGAUGGGAGAUCGUCUUUUUAUGCGAGUGGAAGUGCUCUCAGGGAUACCGGUAGUAGUAGUGGUACCGCCUCCAUGCCAGAGGCCUCCUCUCCUCCAUCUCUUCUGGAAACUUUUCCGUCGCAACCAGAGUGUCCCUGCAUCGAUUCGACUGGCACCUUGGCCCAUCACAGUGAUUGCACCAUCCUUACUGCUGCGGACGGAUUGGAACAAGAUGGAGUGAUGGUGGACGGUGUCUGCAAGCCCACGUAUCAAGGAGCGAACGUGUGUGCUGCAUGGGAUAUGGUUCAUGAUCCGGCUUGCUCCUCCCGCAAGGAUCCACGAACCUACUGUCCUCGCAGAUGGUGCUACGUGGACCCCAAGCAAUGCCGCAGCUCCAAAGAGCGGUACUACAAGAGCGACAGAUUUGACCUGUAUUACUCCUAUUCUACCUGCCGCUCCAUCGCACAAGAAUGGCUCGAAUUCAAGACCAUUGAUGCCACGGAAAAUCGCACGCUUGUCGUGGGAGUUCCCAGAAUUCUCUGGCCUCUUCAUUACAAGGAGGACUCGGCUGGGCAUGUCUACGAGCCGAAUAGUCCCGCCGUAUUUGAUGAGAGCAUUCCAUGGAGGGGACACCUCAUUGACUAUUUCAACUCUGUCGUCAAAUACUCCAAUAUCAAAUCAAUCCAGUACGUGCACCGAUCCGAGGGAUCCAAAUACAAAGGCUUGCCCAAUUCGUAUACCCAAUCUGUGUCUGAUGUCGAGGCGGGCAUUAUAGACCUUGCCAUCUCCACGUAUUGGGUCACCACAGAACGUCUCGCCAUGGCCUCGUUCACCACCACAGUGGCGCAAGAUGAAUUCCGAUUAUGGAUUCCACAACCAAAAUUCUCGGCCGACGAAAGCUUUCGGGAAAACGUUCGCAAGAUUCUACAACCAUUUUCUCCAGGAUUGUGGUUGUGCAUUGUGGGUACGAUUGUCGCCUUUGCCAUUCUAUCGACCAUUGUCAGUCCAAAACACUUUCGAGAUUUCGACCCCAAAGCCACACCAUGGGACAAGACCAAAAGAAGGUUCUCGAUAUUGACCGACUCACUCAAUGUCAGUUUUCUAGAGUUUCUAGGAGGCGGGGUGGACUAUCGGAGCAGCGCUAACAUGUCUCAAAAGUGCUUGAAUCUCGGCUUUGCCUUUACGAUUUUCAUUGGGGUGACGGCAUACACGGCCAAUUUGGCAGGCCUUUUUGACAUUGUCCAGUACCACCUCGUAUCUGUCCAGCAUUGA